UGUGGUUCGGACAGCAUCGGGGAUUCGAGAAAGAAGGCAAAGAAAUACUUGUUUCGAGAACGAGAAGGAAAAGCUCACGUUUGCCAUCUUGCUCGAAUCCUCCGAAGCUGUCCGAAGCACAGGAGCUCACAUACACGUGACUGUGCAUUAGUGUGCGUAAGUGGAGAGGCAAUAUUCUCCGGUGUACCGUCUGGUAACAUUGGUGCGCAUCUGUGUGUUGAGAAGAAUACAGAAUGAAGAGAUUAAGUUUCCGCCUCUGAAAUUUUCUGUAAUGUAAAUUUGUAUACUAGUUUACAUUACGAGAAGCGAGUCUAUUUGUCAAUUGUCAUGAUACAGUUACAACGUUAUCUUGAUGACAAGCUCUAUAUGAAUAACAAUUCCGAGAAGUGAUAUAUUUAUGCACGUCUUUUGUACUAUUUUUUUUAAUGACAACUGUAAUUUGAAAGGGAAUCAACGGUGAUCUUCACUGAUUCAUAUCCAUGGCUUUACGUAUGAUGUCAGCGAUUGUGCCAGGCACGCAUAAUGUAAUCGAUGGCAAUCAAACUUAUGAUCAUGCAGCCGAACGCUCUAAACUAUUGGAAGAUUUAUUGGCUGCUGCGAAGAAGUGUCACGUUAGAUUUGGUGGACGUACGGAAUUAGCAACUGAAUCUGAUCUAUCCGUUACCCAUCUGUGCCAUGUAUUUGAAUUGAUCUUUACUCAUGGAUUACGUACAAAUUGCAUCGAAAGAAUCAACUCUGCUUUAAGGCAUGUGUCUGACAUAGUAUCCGGUAGUAGUACAAAAUCAUGUACAUCAGAUAUGGCAUUCUGGCCAUGCAUAAAGGAACAGUUGACGUGGCAUGAACAAGAACGUUUUAGUAUAUUAAAAAGAGUUCAUACAGAUUAUGGUCGUGGUAGGGCAUGGUUAAGAGCAGUAUUGAACGAGCGUUCUUUAGAACGUCAUUUACAUUCUAUUAUCGAUUCUACCAUAUUGUCUCCAUUCUAUGAAGAUUGGGCAUUUUUACUCGACCAAGAACGAAGCGCAAUACUGCCGAACGUAGCUGCAGGACUUGGUAGCAUUUUAUUUGCAAUUAGAGUAGAUAAUGAAGAAUUGGAUAACAAUUUAAAAGGAAAAGAAAUUGAGAAACAGAAGGUUUCGUUGUCCGAACCAAUUAUAUCAUCCACAAUACCAGGGCCCACUUUGAAACAGCAGAAACAAAGGAAAAAAGUACCAACUUAUAUAAUUUCGUUCGAUGAUGAAAAUGAUGAACAAGAAAUUACAGAAGCUACCGUUUCAGUCAGCGCACCUCCAACCUGUCUCAAUUCUCCUAUAGUAACGUCGACAAAAAAUUCUACGAUGCUUUGUUUAUCAGUAUCGCAAUCACAAACGGAAUCGAAUGAUGUUAAUGUAACAACCAACAAAGAAUCUUCCGAGUGCGAGAAAUGUGAAUCGUUCGAAGAAGAAAAAGUAUUGACUCCGAUUACAGAUUCUGGUAAUAUGGGCGGACUUGUUCCUGUAUCGCCAUUAGACCAGACGUUAGACGACAUGUUGCUAGCAUUGCCAAACUACUUGGACGAUUCGUCUGAAGUUGCAGAAGCUGCGGUGGAAGCUACGGAACCACUCGCAGACUUAGAUACUCAUGCAGAUACAGAAAGUUUAGACAUAGAUGCAUUACGAAUGAAACUUGUAGCUACAACUGAAAUUUUAGAACAAGCUAAAGAGGAUGCAUUGACUAGUAGAUCGCAGCUUGCUCGUUUACAAAGACAACACCAAAAUUAUCUCGAAAGGCACGAGUUGCAGUUACAAACACUAAAUAGAGAAAAUGAACUAUUAAGACAACAAUUACGUAAAUACGUAACCGCGGUACAAAUGUUAAGGAGAGGUUCCGACUCCACUACAGUCUCCGAGGAGGAUCCAUCGUUAGAUUACCAUAAUGAAGCUCAACAAUACGAGGAAAAAUUAAUUCAAGUUGCAGACAUGCACGCUGAAUUAAUGGAAUUUAAUGCUAGAUUAACUCUUCAAUUAACUAAUAGGGAUAGAUUAGUUAAAUUAUUACAAGCUGAAUUAGAGUGUCUUCGUGGCCCCCUAAACGAAGAUGAUUUACCUUCCGAACCGCCAUGUCUCAUUCAUAUAUGGAUUCCAUCUGCGUUUCUUACAGGUCAACCUUCAGAUAUUCAUCAUGUCUAUCAGAUAUACGUACGGAUUAGAGAUACCGAAUGGAAUAUAUAUAGACGAUAUGCGCAGUUUCAUGCACUUUAUAGGGAAUUAAAAAAACAUGAUACUAUUGUCACUACUUUCGAAUUUCCACCAAAGAAGACAAUAGGAAAUAAGGAUGCUAAAUUUGUAGAAGAAAGACGACAAAAAUUGCAGUAUUGGUUAAGACGGAUUGUUGGAAGAUUAGCACAAUGUUCUCCUGCAUUUGUGUCCAGACCAAGUAGACAGACGCUUAUAUCCCUAAUGCCUUUCUUUGGCGAUAACCCUAAUACUGAGGAUUCGAGGAAAAAUAACUCUACAAGAAACACAUUUUCUUCUUCCCCUCAAUACAUGGGUUUAUAAUUAUUGUUUUAUAGACAAUUUGUACAUACACGAAGCCUUUUUAAUUUUACGUAUAAAGUACUUAUGUUGCUCUAUAUAUAU